CCUUGUUUACGAUCCAAUAGCAAAAUUACCAGUAUGUUAUCACGAUCGUGACCCUGCAGAAAGAUACUUUGAAUGGAAUUCAAGCGGUGGAUCGGCUGGUCCCGAGAAAUCGUUUAGAAGUAUACAAAGUCCACGCACACCGCGCACACCACCUAAAUACAAAGCAACUCAAUCAUCCGAAUCAAAUGACAUACCUUCACCUUCCUUUAAACUACCCUCUGCGGCGCAAACAAGAAAACGUGCUAAUAAAAAUACCUUGGAAGUUACCUAUGAAGAUGAAGCUGAGACUGCUGAUGCAGAUGUUGAAAAAGGAUAUGAUAGACGAAGAGGCAGUGGUCUAAGUGCCGCAUCCACAUCAUCCACAUCAUCCACAUCUACAGACGAUAAUCAUAUUGUUUCAUAA